AUGACUCCUAAGUACCAGCGUCGUUUAACGCUCAGCGCGGGUGAGGAGUGUACCAUAACUGGGAAUGGACCAAUAACGGUUACUUUGCUCACUGGUGUCUUGCACCUCGCUGGGGUCUUACUCGAGGCGAAUCGUCCUUACUCUUUCUAUUUACACUCUGAAAGAACGUCUGUGAUCUUGUUCACCUUGGAGGGGGGAUCCGCGAACAUUACGAGCGAGGAAUCUAUGAAUUUUUUUAGGCACUCAUCAGGGGCUGUACCUUUGGUCCAGUUCACACGUCGAACGUUGUUUCCUCUAAAGACGUCAAAAGUUCUCGUGAUAGGAAAGGAGGGCAGUGGUAAAUCGCUGGCGGCACACACUAUCAUCAACCUCUUACGAGAUUAUAGAAUGGGGAAGGAUGAUAAUGCAUUAAAUAGGUACUUUCUCCUUGAUUUCAACGCAGAGUCAAAUUGUAUCUUUAGUCCAGGAUGUGUUUCUUUUGUUGAAGUUCGUGAUGACCCUCUAUGGCUGGAAAGGAUUGCGUCUCCGACAAUGUUGCCACUUUCGUUUUACACUGGGUCUGUAACGCGCCCAUCUGCCAAGGAUAUCUCUGCUUUUAUUCACUUUUGUGGGCAGCUCUAUGAUACUUGCAAUCUAUAUUUGCAGGAGGAAUGUCUGCCACCACAGAGAGCUCAUCUCAUUUUAGAUGCACCAUCACCAUUAUCAGAUUUGAAAAAGGAAGUUUUCUACAAAAAGUUCAUUGAAAUCGUGAAGCCAACGCAUGUUGUUAUCGUUUGUAGCCGCGAUGAUGCAAGCGAGGAUUGGUUCACUUUUCUCCAGGAGGAUAUCCAGCGUGUCUUGCCGGAUUGCGAGUUUGCCUUCACGGAGCCUUGCGCGCAUCCGUGCCCAUCUCCGCCGACGCACCUUCGAAUAAAAGAGUAUUUUGUUGGCUCUCCCAAUACCACGAUGCUGGGGUGCUCCAAGCUUGUGAUGUCCUCAAAAGCACUGCAGUUUUUCGAGUACGUCGGCGGCGAUUUGGAGAACCCUUCAGGGGUUGGGGUUCGGAGGGUGUACCCGGCACCCGGCUGGCGCCGGCUCGUUUGUGCGCUUUCGCACGCGGAGAUCAUCGAAGAGGUGCCGCUUGCACCGGUGGCGGGGCUUUUCGUGAUUUGCCACGUCGAUGAGGAGAACGAUGAGAUCGUGAUUCUCGUUCCGACCCCGGAGGAUGCCCUUCAGCGUCGUUUUGUUGUUAUUCCUCGCCAUGGAGCGUGCGGGGCUCUUAGACUGACCGAUGCCGAGUUGGCCACGCUUGAGGAGUCUGUUGUUUUCUAA